AUGCGUCCAUCAAUCUUCGUGUCCGCGGCAUUGUUGUGUCUGUCAGCUUGUGGCAAUGCUGUGAAAGCAGACGCGGGCCUCGAGAACCCCGUGGCGUCUAGCAGGGCCUUGCCAGCUUCGCACGACGACGCUGUCGCUACUGACGAUGCAAAGAUCAAGAGAUACCACGUUCCUGCGUGGGUAGAGGACCUACACCUUGACAAUGAUGCGCUCCCUAUUGCACCUGAUAGUGACAAUGACAAGAUGGCCGUCCAACAUUUGCGGUCCCGUAAUCGGGAGCGCUCGGAUACCGAGUACUUGGACAGCUCCGAGAACAACGAGAGCUCUGUAAGCUCUCAAAGCUCCGACAGUGCCACGGGCAAGGAGAGCACGAACAGCGUCGACAGCUCCGACGUCAUCCUCGACUCCCGAAAAAAACCGCAUCAUCGUCUGAUCCUGUAUGGCCUGGAUUACAUCUCUGAUUUCGACUUGGAACAUCAGACUGUAAACCAAACGCUCGCUCUGCUCUCCCAGUUCAAGGAAAAAGGCGGAAAGCUUGCUGAAUUGAACUAUCGAUACGAAGAGGGCUACCUCUCGUACAUCCUGCGCAGGUGCGCGAAGCCCGAAGAGAAGAUGGAACUCGCUUGCAUGUAG